AUGGGAAAAUCAUCUUAUCACAGAUCUGAAAAUACGUUCAGAUUCCAAACAUUUUCUGAACGGAUUUCAGACAUUAAUAUUGAUGUCAUCCAUAAGAUAAGACAUCAUGAUGAUACACCUGGGGAACAUUCCACUUACUUUGGUGAAGCAUUGGAAAAAUGGCUGGAGCUCAACUGUACAGCUCACUUCCUUGAGUUCAGACAGGAGAUCAGUGAGCAGGUCCAGUCUUUUACCCAGCUUGUUCACAAUGAGACUCAGAUUGUGGCAUCGCUCAAGAAACACCUCAUGGUCCCUAAGACGCUGGCCUAUGAACCACUGCUAGACCUUCUGGUGCAGCUGGCACGUGACCUCCAACACGACUUCUAUAAACACUUUCCAGAUUUUUUCACCCUCUUGGUUGAGCUACUGAACAGAAACACACAGGACACUGACCUCAUGGAGAAGUUGUUUUCUGCCCUCUCCUAUAUCUUCAAGUUCCUGUGGCGCUACCUUCUCAAGGACAUGGAAGUUGUGUAUGGGUAUUUCUCUAACUUGCUGAGUGAAGACAACAAGCAAUAUAUCAGACAGUUUGCAGCUGAAAGUUUUGCAUUUCUGAUGAGGAAGGUUAAAGAUCAUGGAGUAUUGUUUGAUUUUCUGUUUAAAACCCUGUCCCAAUCUCCAGAUAAUGCUGAUGGAUUAGGGCGACUGAUGUUUGAGAUGCUGAAAGGUGUGAAAAGACAACUUCACAGUUGUACAAACAAGAUUUUUCCUAUACUGCUCUCCAAACUUGGACACUGCCAACAGGGAAAGAAAGUGAAGGUGUUACCAUGGCGACUUGUGGAAGAGUGCAUGUCACAGUGUUUCCGUUCAGUGGCAGAAAACAUUGAUAAAACUCAUUUUGAUGAUGCAUGGACUAUCUUAUUGGCAUCUUUGACAUCUGUGUACAAGUUUUGGUUAGACCCAGAAUGUCCAAACAAGGGGAAGGCAGCCAAACAUUUAGGCCGCUUACUCAGGCUAACACAGAUCUGGCUCCAUCAUGGCAAGGGUGCCAUCAUCAGAUGUCAUGAUAAUGUGGCCAUGACUUUGUUACCACUUCUAAAGGGAGACUGUCUCCCAGUCUCUGCAGGGGAGGAGCUUGUUUCCACUGUGUCAGCCUUUCUCCAACAGGGUCACUCCCAGAUCGCUAUAUCCAACACAGCCAAACUAGUCUCUGCUGUUUACAAGACUUCGUAUCCAACGGAGAUGCUUUUCAAGUUUACCACGACCAUGCUUAAAAGCAAACUGCCGAUAUUUGAAAAGGACGUUUUGAUGUCUCUGAAUGAGUACUGCCUGGGAAUGCUGGAGAAUGGGCAGGAGACUGGCAGAGUCCUUAGUUUAUAUACAGAGAUCAUCCUUCACAAGACCACACUCCCAAGCACAAAAGAGGACCUCAAAGAUCUCCACACAUAUCCUCUGGACUUUGGACUCUCUGGAAGGUCCAAGUUCAUGGAGAUUCUGAUGGGUACUAUUGAUGGAGUGAACAAGAAAACUUGGAUGGCAGAGGAAUGUCAGCGUCAUGUUUGGUCAGCUGUAGUGUGUCUACCUCAUGUCUGGCCUGUAGACAGUACCAAAGAUACAAGAAUGAAGAGUCUGAUCAAACUGAUGGGAAAGGUUGUAACUCAGAUAAAGAAAACCUCCGACCUAACUACUACAGAUAAGCUACUAUUCCUGUACUACAAUAUUGUGAUGUCCUUGGCCUAUCUACAUGAGGACGGGGAUCUCUGUGACAUGAUACCUAUAUCACAGAUAACAGAAUUACUUAAGUCACACUCAACCAAUAUCCACAUGCUGACUGCUGUCAAUCUGUACCUGACGCAGGCUUCCAUGGCCGGUAAAACUUCAGACCUGGAGGAGGAGAUUCUCCUGGAUGUGUUUCCAUGUCUACAGGACAAUUUAACAUCCUGGAACUCUCAUAUACGUACCAUGAGUCUGCGUAUCCUGGCCGAGUUUACUGUACGAUUGCCAUGUGUUGAAGGAUUUGAAGAAGACAGGGACAAUGUGUUUCAGACAUGUCUGAAUGCAGAGUUAGUUCCCUUGUCUGUUCACGACUAUCGACAACGACUGCUGUAUCUACAAAGACUAGACUUCAGUAAUGUACAGAACUCUGUACCUGAUGGGCCCUUUAGCAAGGUUGCAGUGAGGUAUUUGAUUGGAUCACUUUUUGUAAACUUCAAGUUGCUAUGGGAACCCACUAGAAAACUGAUAGCUAGUCAUGCUAAGGGACUAGGAAACAAGGAAUUCUGGGAAUUGUUUCAUACUGAGUUGGCACAAGCUGCUACUACAACAGAAGAGUUACUCGCUGGUAAUGAGAAGCCAUACCUCCAUGGUAACAAUGCUCUAAUAAGUAUGGCCGACUUUGAUGUGUCAGACAUCAUACCGAGUCACAUGACUUCUGAAAGGGCUGACUAUUACAACUUCCGGGAUCAGUUGUGGAAGGCUAUGAUUUUGUUCUCAGACCAGUGUGAGGCCAAAUCACGUGACCUUUCACCUCUCCUUCUGCGAUUUAUCAGAAAUGAGUACUACCCAUCUGAUAUGAGCAUGGCACCUAAACAAAACAUCUGCAGACGAACAGCGGUGGGGAAACCUCCAGAGAAGGGAGAUCAGGACAGUGAGGAACAUCCUGAGGGUGGAACGAUGAAUAGCCAGGACAACGAACAGGAAAUAGACAUACCGCAGGAACAAAAUUCACCAAGGAUGAGGGUCACCAGGAGCAGGUCAAAGAGGUUAAAUGAAGAAAGGUCACAGUCAGAGUCAUCUGAACCAUCAGGAGAUCACAAGGAAAAUGUUGAUAAAACUAUAUCAGAAGAAAACGGAAAAGAAAACUUAAAGGAAAAUGAACUGGACUCCACUGUCAUUGACAAUGUAGAGGAUACAGAGGCACAAGUAUCAAAGAGACUGAGGAGAGCAGCAACAUGUACUUUGGUGAUACAUUUGGAGCUGUUUGCCAAAUUUAAGAACCCUAAAUCCCUUUAUCUAGAGCCUGAUUUGAGGUCUCUUUAUAUGGAGUUACUGGUACACAAAGAUCCUGCUGUACAGAAGACCACAUUUGACUGUAUAAUGGCUUACAAACAUGACUACUUAGUACCAUACAGUGCGAACUUCAGCAGACUGCUGGAUGAUACAACAUUCAAGUCGGAGUUAGUGUUGUUUAGUAUCGACCAUGAGGGUGGACAGAUAAACAGUGAACACAGAAGUCAGCUCCUGCCUAUCUUAAUGAGAAUUCUUUAUAGCAAGAUGCUUACCAAAACAGGUAAGGAGACAGCGGGUCGUAGUCAUAGCAACCUACGUCAGUCCAUUGUCCUGCGCUUUCUCAAUGGCUGUAGUAUGGAAGAGGUCGUGACCUUUCUGGACAUGGUGUACAUGCCGUUUCAUCACUUUAUCACAGAUGACCCCCAGCAGAUGGCAUUAGAUGUAAUGGAGAAAACAGACCCUACAGAAGUCAUACCAAUGCGCAAGAUUACUGGAACACUACAUUCCACUAAAACAUUUUGUCAGAAGCUAGGACAUCUGAUAGAUGACUACCUACCUUCCAUUAUAAAAAUCCUGGUGGGAUUGAUGGCUACUUGUGUUGCAUGUCUUGAACAGAGGGAUAAUAUCACACCAUUCUCUCUCAGUACACUGAAAACCCUACGACAAAUGGCCACCAGUAGGUUUAUAGAGAUUUUUGAGAACUAUGAUGGCUACAUGUUUUCUCCUGUGGAAGUUGAUGCUGUGUUUACUGUUACUGUCUGGCCACAGUUAGAGAAGCUGCCAUUUGAGGGUGUGUACCAUCCCACCACUUUACUGAAAAUACUUGCUACAUGGUCAAGAUCUCCGAGGUAUAUUCUGUAUCUGGCCAAGCAUCCCCUUGACAACAAGGACAUCAUUCCACUUACAUCAGUGUUUAAACUUCUUAAUGCUCCAAAUGUGAAGAACACAGUAUCCAGCCUCAUUCUGGAAAUUGUGGACAACCUCCUGAAUCCUAAGCAGUCUGAGGACGAUACAGAGCUCCGCCCACUUCCUGUUCACUGUGGACCAGCUUUAGAUUACACGCAGAUGACAGUCCAGGAAAUAGGUAUAGAACUGAUGUCCCCACAUAUCCCGGCCCUGCUAACCUUUCUCCAGACUGCCAUUGCCAGUCGAGAGACCAAGGUCUAUAUCAAGAAAGGUUCCUCCAGGGAGUUAAGAAUUCUCUCAAGUAUCAGCUGUUUUGUGUCAGACAUGACCCAGUGUCCUAUUCUCAUCUCUCUUCUUUUACCUUAUUUGGACAAGACUAUGAUGAGGUCAAAGGAGGCAGAAGAAGACAUUUUGACGAGUAUCAGUAACCUUAUGGCUACAAUCACCAACAAGUCACAGUUCUUCAGACAAGUCUCCACGCUGUUUUCCAACAUCCUGUUUCGCAGGUCUCGGGAACUCCUUUGCUCUAUACUACAGAUGAUACUGACAGAAGAAAAUGACCAAUCAGCACUGGCUGAGCUAAUACUGGGGUUAAAUUCCUGGGAUCCUAAACGUACAGACGAGCCUGAUUACAUGAAGAGACUGGCAGCCUUCAAAAACGCCAAUGAAAUGAUCAAAUCUAUGAAGACAAUUGAAGUUGAUGUCCUCUUACCCAUAAUGCACAAUGCCUGCUACUUCAUCAAUAUGAUUGAUGACUUGUCAAUACGAGAUAACGCCACCAACACCCUAGUUACCAUGGUGAAGCAGUUUGGCCUGGUUACCUACGACAAUGAUGCAUUCAGAGAUUUGAUCACUCAGGGUGUUCUGAUAGAGAUAAAGGCUGGCUUCAGGAAUAAGAAUGAAAAUGUAAGACAUGAGUACAUUACUCUACUGUCAGUGCUGGUUGACACGUUUCCAGACCAACCUAAUUUUGUCGACCUUCAUGCACUCAAGGACAAAGACCUGGAAGCAGACUUCUUUGAAAAUAUACGUCACAUACAGACCCACAAGCGGUCCCGAGCGUUGCGGAGGCUGAUAAAGUACAUGUCCGGUCACCAGGCCUGUAGGGAAGCCAUCAUGUCCUACUUCCUGCCCCUGGCUUCAGCUUUCCUUCAGGUAGACACCUAUACUAAGGCACAGGCCCUUCAGGAGGCUGCCAUUGACACAAUUGGAGCUGUAUGUUUACAGUUACCAUGGCAACAGUACCUUCACCAGCUGAAGUUUUAUCUGGGUCGCCUACAGAAGGAUCUGGACAAGCAGAAGGGACUUAUCAGAGUAAUAGUAGCCAUCUUGGAUUCCUUCCACUUUGAUGUGAGUGCAUCAGAACUGAAUCUGACAAACCUACCACAAUCCAUCACUAAAAAGAAAGCCAUUGGACUUCCUACGGAGAAUGAAGAAGAACCGGAAACAAAUUUAAAUGAAAAGGAUGAUGAAAAGAUGUCUGAUGACAUCGAUGUUACAAAAGUUCCAGAAAGUGAUGACAUCACAGACAUAAAACAGGAAUUGAUUACGUCAUCUUCAGGGAAACUUGUGUGUCCAGCAGGUCUGGCCACUAAGAUCCACACAACCAUAGUGAAAGGCCUGCUUCCUCAGCUUCAGAAGUGUCUCACACAGAAGGUUCGGAGUGAUGAUGAACACAAGCUAGCAAAGAACAGUUAUGCGGAGGACACAGAGAUUCUAAGAGUUCCCCUCGCACUGGCAAUGGUCAAGCUACUGCAAGCACUUCCCAAAGGCUCACUGGAGCGUAGUCUGCCUGGUAUCCUUAUCAAGGUGUGUAACUUUUUAAAGUCACGCGCCAAGGACAUUAGAGACACAGCUCGAGACACACUGACCAAAAUUCUCACAUCAUUAGGACCACGCUUCUUGCCGUAUGCCCUGUCAGAGAUGAGGGGUAUCCUGACGCGUGGUUAUCAGCUUCAUGUUUUGACCUUCACUGUGUAUGUCCUGCUCAGGAACAUGAUGCCCUUGACAACGCCUGGUGACCUUGACAUCUGUUGUGGCAGUCUACAGGAGGUGUUUCACAACGAGCUGUUUGGAGAAGUGGCAGAGGAGAAGGAUGUAGAAGGCAUCAGAGCCAAACUAUUCGAGGCCCGUAAAGUAAAGAGCUAUGAUUCCUAUCAGAUAUUGGCCAAGCUGUUGGGCACCAAGUCACUGAUACCAUUUAUGAAACCCAUCAAACUGAUAUUGGACACAACACACAGCCAUAAGAUGGCAAGGAAGGUUCAAGAAGUCCUCAGGAAGGUGGUCAAUGGACUGAUGGAGAAUGAGAGCUUGACCACAGAAGCCUUGACCAUCUUUUGUCAUGGACUUGUGUCCGAGGCCUUCCCGCAGCUGUCUACCACUCAGGGUAAAAAUAGUACACAGAAUAACCCAACCCCUACUGAUGGAAAAAGAAAGCCCCAGAGUUGUCUUCUCUUACCUUCAACUCCAGUUCGGGGAGGAGACAAACCAAAGAGCAGCCAACGUACUAAUGCUCACAUUCUUGUAGAGUUUGGACUCCAGCUGCUGCACCUGUCACUGAAGAAGGGGAGACUUGUUGCCACGAAAGAGGAACACUUACAGAUGCUUGACCCUUUUGUGCCCAUAAUGUCUGAAUGUUUACAGUCUAAACAUGUCAAGGUUAACACUGUUUGUCUGAGAUGCCUCUGCUGGAUUCUGAAGUUCCCACUUCCAGCCAUUAAACAACACAUCCGUCCCAUCGCGAACAAUAUCAUUGUAUUACUCAAGAACUACGCAUCAGCAGGCUCGGCAGCUGGGGAUAAUCUUGACCUCGUCACCAUGGCAUUCAAGGCAGUAACUGUGCUGGUGAGGGAUGUUGAGUGUUACAAGAUCAACUCAGAACAGCUCCAAGUGCUGCUGGGAUUCUGUGAGGAAGAUCUACAUGACUACCAUAGACAGAGCACUGCUUUCUCCCUCCUCAGGGCCAUAUUGUCUCGGAAACUUAAUGUACCGGAGAUGCAGGAGUUGAUGAUAAAAGUCCAGAACAUGUCAAUUACAACUGAUUCCCCCCACACAAGGAGGGAGUGUCGCCAGUUGAGUCUCCAGUACAUGAUGGACUACCCUCUGGGCAAGAAACUUAUCAAACACCUGGAAUUCUUCAUCACUCAGCUGUCAUAUGACCUGGAUGCUGGCAGGGAGUCUGCCUUAGAAAUGUUAGCCACAAUUUUCUCCAGCUUCCCUCAGACCUUACUGAUAAGGCAUGCAGGUUUUUUCUUUGUGCCAUUGUCUGUUGCCAUGGUGAAUGACGAUUCCCUGAAAUGCAGAAAGCUGACUGGUUUGGCUAUCAAGUUGUUACUGGAAAAGCUGGACCAUAACAGCAGAAAUGAACUGUUUUCUAUCGCCUUAAAGUGGUUUAAGGAUGAAAAGCUGCAGCAUCGAUCACUAGGUGCUCAGUUGUGUGGUCUCUUUGUGGAAGUGGAAGCUGGUCAGUUUGAGCGCCAUCUGAAAGAUGUUUUCCAAGUGGUAAAGCUCCUCCUACAGCCCAGUCGUUAUGAAAAAAUGCGAGAGGAAUCGGUGGAACAAGAGGAGGAUCAUCUCUUGUUCAACAUCUUAAACCUACUUCUAAAGGUGCUGAAGGAGUGUAAUGUAGUCCGCACACCAAAAUGGUGCCAGCAAAUGAACACCGUCUGGGAGUAUACCCAGAAGCACCUGACCCAUCCACAUAACUGGGUACGACUAGCAGGGGCCCAAAUGUUUGGUCUUCUCUUUGCCUCCUGGCAGCCAGAAGAAAUCCUAUCAAAGGGGGACGAUGAUGUCAUAGAUUACUUAAGGGAUGAUAUGAAGAACAAGAUGGAGUCGUUAGCCAUGGCGUUUGUACAACAACUUCAGUCACAGUAUUUGACAGACGAGAUGGCUGACCAAAUCAUCAAAAACAUGAUCUUUAUAAGUAGAGUUGCCAAAUCAGUGACAGAAACAACACUUCAGGAGAAGACUGAGGACACCUCAGAUACUGAGGGGUCAGGAUCACAGUCCCAGGGGAAGCGACUCUCAUUGCCUUGGCUUGUGAGGAAGAUGGUGAGGGAGGCCAACCACGAGAGUGUCAACAACAGCAAGGUUACCAUCAAGAGGUCCAGUGUAUUUAAAUGGAUGGCAGCAGUCAGCCUUGACCUUGGAGCAGAACUGUUGUCACCCGUGGCCCAUAUCAUGAUUCCACCAUUACAAAGGGAGACAAACGAUGCAUCAGGAAUGACAGACCCAGCUAUCAAGUCCUUGGCCCAGGAGGUGCUUGAUCUACUGAAAAAGGUCCUGGGGGUGGAACAGUUCACAGAGGUCUAUGCCAGUGUACAGAGGAAACGCAUGGUCAUGAAGGAGUCAAGGAAACGCCAAAAGGCAGUCGAGGCUGUUUCAAACCCAGAGGCUGCUGCUAAAAGGAAAGUUAAAAAGAACUUGGCCAAGCGAGAUGCAAAGAAACGAAAAGCUGAGGGAUUCCGACCAUCAAAGAUCAUAAAGAAAAGGAAACGAGAAGAUGUUAUCAUUGAAUAAUAAAAUCUAUAAUCUGUGAUACUGAAACAUAACUUGUGACCAUCCUACUGUUAAGUUGGUCAAAUACUGUGAUCUGAGACAGUGACCUACAUUUUAAGGAAGAGCUGGCACAGAUACUGUGAUCUGAGACAGUGACCUACAUUUUAAGGAAGAGCUGGCACAGAUGCUGUGAUCUGAUACAGUAAUCUACAUUUUAAGGAAGAGCUGGCACAGAUACUGUGAUCUGAGACAGUGACCUAAAUUUUAGGGAAGAGCUGGCACAGAUCCUGUGACCUUGGAGAAUGGCCUACAUUCUAGGGAAGAGCUGACACAGAUUGUGAUCUGGGCCAGUGGCCUACAUUUUAGGGGUGGACACAAAAUCUGUGAUCUGAGGAAAUGACCUAAAAUCUUGGGGUUUGAAGGUUUUAACCUCAUAUUUUGUGAUGUAGAGAUGAGAUCCAGAUUAUCUGGUUUGAGCAUUUGUGUCUGAGAAGUGGGGGAUUGACCCUGUUUCCAUGAUAUCUGAGAUUGACCCAGUUUCUGUUAUUUAAAGUGUGACUCAGAAGGUGAGAUGGCAGAAACUACUUGGUACAAUGUGUGAUGAGAAGGUUUUCAUGGACUCUCAAGUCUUUGUUUUAUUGUGUUAACAUAAAAAGUGGCCUUAUCAGCAAUAUUUCAUCAGAAAACUGUAAAACCCUGUUGUUGAUACUGUUUUCUGUUGUUGACUUUUAAGAAAUGGAGCUGAACUAGUAAGAACAUGUUAAGGACCUGAACAAGGAACUUGUUUUUAAACUUUAGCAGAAACCUGAUUUUUCUAUUCGUGAUGAUCAGAGAUAGGAAAUGAAUUACUUGUGUUAUUUAUCUUUUCAUUCAUGGAUAAUUAUCGUAACAAGACCAAUGAAGUAUUAAUAUUUGAUUUUAUUUGUAACAAAGCAGAGUCUUUAUAAUCAAGCCUCCCAGCAGGUUUUACGGAAUUUGAUCGAGUGGGACAAUUUAUACGAUUAAAAGUUUAAUCAGUCCCUAGAAAUCCUGUCUGUAGUAGACUGACAACCUCCUCAGUGGAAAGUGAUUGUCAAGACUCAACAUCCAGGAAGAUUCACCUUUUUGUUCUGUUGAUAAAAAAAAU